AUGAAGUACUUCACUUUCGUCACGAUUACUGCGCUUGUUGCGUUUGCGACUGCGCACCCUCCAGCUCAAGGUAGUGGACAGAAAGCCGCCGCUUGUAGCAGGAUGUGUGCUGGGCCUUCAUUGUCGUGCAGUGAUGGUGAAGUAAGUCAAACUUUUUUUCUUUUCUUAUUUUGA